AUGGCUAGCUCAACUACCAUGAAUAUAUCAACCCUCAUAUGCGCCAUAAUUGUGGCACUGCUUAUCAAAACCAACGAAAUAUCUGCUGCUUCCCAAACUUAUGAUUCCACUUGCAGUUGUCUUUCGCUCAACGGCAGUGUUUGCAUGCACUAUUCAUGCAAAACAACAGUAUCAAUAUCCUGUUUCGCUAGUGUGAGUCGUGUCGAACUUCCAGAUGGAUCGUCAAAAUCUGUGUCUCAUCUACAAAUCGGCGAUCGUGUACGAGUGAAUAAAAACCACACCUACGAGCCAGUUAUUGCUUUCAUUCAUGCAAAACAACAUGGUCUCUUCGACUUCCUUCAAAUCACCACCCGUUCACUUCUCUCCAACUCAACUUCCGUUUUGCUCGUGUCUCCGGAUCAUCUCGUAUUCGACUUCGAUUCGAACAUUGCUCGUUUUGCAGGCAAAUUUCUUGUGGGCGAUCGACUUCAGUUCAUUGAAAAUGAACAGACAGUGCCUGGUGAGAUCAUUAGCAUAAAACUGAUCAAAGCACAAGGAUACUAUGCACCUCUCACUCCAUCUGGAACUAUCGUUGUCGACGGUGUUGUUUCGUCAAACUAUGCUACUGUGAGCAACCAUGCUCUGGCUCACUUCUUCAUGGGUGCAUAUCGGUGGUGGGUGAAUGUUGUAGGCUCGCCCUCACCGUCUGAGAAGGUGCACUGGUUAGUGGAUGUGAUGCAGUAUAUUGAAGGUAUGAUUCGAUGGUGUGGUGCAGAGAUCUGGAGUGGCUAUGAAGUAUAUGAUGGUGUGUUUCAAGUGUCAUCCAUUGUGAUGUGA